AUGACAACAAAAUUGCUGGUGAUAUCCAAGGACGAAGCAGACUUGACGCCCGAGGAACGAGAGCAAAAGAACAUCUUGGUGUCUAUUGCCAAUACCAAGCCAAAUGAUUACGAAAAGUUAUUCAGUAAGCUAGAUAUCUCCAACAAUGGAGAAAUUACUCUUCAAGAGUUCAAAAAAGCAUUGUUGAGGAUGGACCAUCCGGUCAAGGAGAACGAAGAGUUGGUGAAGCGGAUUUUCACCAGUUUGGAUACCAAUAACGAUAAUAAGGUUGAUUUCAACGAUUUCAAACUAUAUUUGACUGUCACCGACGACCAGAUUCUCCAAGGUUUCAAGAAAAUAGAUCAAGACAAUGAUGGGAAGCUCAACAAACAAGACUUUGCCCAUUACUUGAACAAAAAAUUGCAUUUAAGUCCUACCACCGAGAGCGUUGACACUAUUUUCAACCAAAUUGAUACCAAGCAUGAUGGGUUUGUAACUUUCGACGAGUUCAGAGACUUUUUGUUAUUGAUGCCGCGUUUGGACGGCUCAAGAAUCAAGACAGCGUUCCAGUAUAUCGUGGAAGAGUUGGACAUAUCAUCAGAUGGUGAUGUUACGGUCAUUAAUCAAUUUUUAAAUGGGUUCGGGUACUUUUUGGCCGGAGGUAUUUCGGGCGUUGUUUCGAGAACAUGCACUGCUCCCUUCGACAGGAUAAAGGUAUUCUUGAUCGCAAGAACCGACUUGGCAUCGACGGUGUUGACUCCUCGUAAAGUAAUAGAAGAGAGAAUCAGCCAUCGCACGGUGAUUGAAGAAGCCAAAAAGGCUGAAGCUCACCUCCAUCAUAAGACAAUCAGGUCGCCAAUCAUCCAAGCAGCUAGAACGAUCUGGAAACAAGGAGGAUUCAAAGGCUUUUAUGUUGGGAAUGGGUUGAACAUUUUUAAAGUGUUUCCUGAGUCUGCCAUGAAAUUCGGGACUUUUGAAUUCACCAAAAGGCUCUUGGCCACGGUGGAAGGAGUCGAAGACACUAAGGAUUUGUCCAAAGUGUCGACGUAUUUGGCAGGUGGUUUGGGAGGUGUGGUUGCACAGUUCACAGUAUACCCCAUUGAUACUUUGAAGUUUAGGCUCCAAUGUUCAAAUAUCGAUGCAAAUGUCAGCUUGUUCAACACUGCCAAAGAUUUGUUCCGGGAAGGAGGAUUGCGUAUUUUCUACCGGGGGAUAUUCGUUGGAGUUGCAGGUAUAUUCCCAUAUGCGGCAUUGGAUUUGGGGACUUUUACCACCAUCAAGAAAUGGUUGGUGAAGAGACAGAUGACAAAGUAUGGUAUCAAGCACGAAGAAGAUGUCAAGUUACCCAACUACAUGGUGUUGGGAUUAGGGGCAUUGUCUGGAUCGUUUGGGGCUACUAUGGUUUACCCCGUCAACUUGUUAAGAACAAGAUUACAAGCUCAAGGCACUUAUGCCCAUCCUUAUAGAUAUGAUGGAUUCAGAGAUGUGCUUCAAAAAACCAUUCAAAACGAAGGAUAUCCCGGGUUAUUCAAAGGGCUUGUACCUAAUUUGGCUAAGGUUGCUCCUGCGGUGGCCAUUAGUUAUUUCAUGUAUGAGAACUUGAAGAACAUAUUUGAGUUGGAGACCAACAAGUGA